AUGGACGACGCCCCGAUGGAGACUGCAGACAACAGACCGCAACAGGAUCAGAUUAAUCGUCUUGAAGAGAUGGCCACGUUUGUGAACAACCGUGUCUUUGAACUUGUAACAACGAAGAUGCACGAUGACGAAAAGGUUGUAACACCGAAAGAUGUAGUGGCUGCAGUUGAUAUGAAGGACUGUAUGAACGCAAACACGAAGACAGUGAUUGAGGCUGAACUACGUGGAGACAGCCGCUGA